CUGGUGUGGAUCGGCUGCCUGUGCGUGGACGUGGCGUUGGCGGACAACGCCGAGGCGCGACGCGUGCCGGUGCGCCACUGCGGCAUCUACUCCCUGCUCUGGUCCUUGCUGUUCUACAUGUGGCGCGCGCGCGCCGCCACGGCCACGCUGCAGGACUGCUUCCUGCCCGUGUCCAGCCAGCUGGAGGACUGGGGCUGCCCCGAGGGGAAGGUGGCGGGCGUCACGCAGACCAUCUUCACGACCAAGGACUCGGCCGUCAGCGCGCUGCUGGAGAGGUGGACGCUCGGGCCGUCCCUCUUGCUGGGCCUGCACGUGUCACACACCGUGGCCCUGCUGUGCGGGCUGCUGGCGUUCUACACCCUGGUGCCCGUGCUGUUCGUCAUGUUCCGCGCCUCGUCGUGCCUGUCCCGCGCGCUGGCCCUGGAGUGCGAGCGGUGGCGCGGCGAGGGCGCGCGUGUGUGUGCCCCAGGCCAGGAGGUGGAGGACGCGAGCACGGCGCUGCCCGGGCACCUGUACGCCGGGCCGUGGCUGGAGGAGGACGUCCCGGCGCGCCGGCUGCGCCUCAAGCUCAUGCUGGGCGGCAGCUGCACCAAGGCCCACGUGGCCGUCGGCGGACUCGGCGACCUCAACGCGCAGUCCUGCAUGCACGUCGUGCAGCGCUGGUUCAGCUACCUCAACGUCUUCAUGAACAUCCAGUAG